AUGCCCAAGGACGCCGCCCCCGAGGUCAUGCCCGAGCUGGGCGUUGACGCCCUCUUCAACCUCCGCGGCAAGGUCGCUCUCGUGACUGGCGGCGCGACCGGCAUCGGCAAGAUGAUUGCUGCCACCUACGUCCGUAACGGUGCCAAGGUGUACAUUGCGUCGCGCAAGCUCGCCGACCUCGAGCGUGUUGCUGCACAGCUCUCGCAGCUCGGCAAGGACUCUGGUGGCCAGUGCCUCCCAAUCCAGGCUGACGUCGGCACCAAGGCCGGGUGCGACACCCUCGCUGCCGAGAUCAAGAAGCGCGAGCAGCGCCUCGACAUUCUCGUCAACAACUCUGGCUUGACUUGGGGCGCCCCCAUGGCAGACUUCCCAGAGGCCAGCGGAUGGGACAAGGUGUUUGCCCUCAACGUCAAGUCUCAGUUCUACCUAACUGUCGGUGUACUCGACCUCCUCAAGAGCGGAAAGGACAACCUCAACCCUGCGAGUGUCAUUAACAUUGCCUCGACCGCCGCCAUCUCACCCCAAGCUGAGGGAUCCCUCUCCGCAAAGGGCCACGGCACGUACUCGUACCAGCCGUCCAAGGCUGCGUCGCUGCACCUCACCCGCGUCCUCGCGUCCUCGCUCGCCAGGGACCACGUCAUUGUCAACGCUAUCUGCCCAGGCGUCUUCCCAAGCCGUAUGACCGCGUUCGGCCUGGAGAACAACCGCGACGUCCUUGAGAGCGGCCAGCCGACGGGCCGUGUCGGCACGCCCGAGGACAUUGGUGGCCUCGCUCUGUACUUUGCGUCGCGCGCAGGCGCGCACUGCACCGGCACCGGUAUCGUCAUUGACGGCGGUGCCAGCAUCGCCUUCUCCGCCAAGCUCUAA